AUGAUUAGGUCCACAUUGAGCAGUUGGAGGGAGUACUUGACUCCCGUUAGCCACAAGUCGACUUUUCUCUCGACGGGCCAGAUAACUCCAGAUGAAUUCGUGGAGGCAGGAGACUACAUGUGCCACAUGUUUCCUACGUGGUCCUGGAAUGAACCAACGAGUGAUGUGAGCUAUCGUGAUUUUCUGCCUAAGGGCAAACAGUUUUUGAUCAGUAGGAAGGUUCCUUGUGGGCAGAGAGCUCAACAGUAUGUGAAUGUGGAUGAGAAAGAGUCUGAAGUAUCCAUAUCUGGGGCAGAUGAGAACGAAGAAGGUGAUGAGGAUGAAGGGUGGCUCAAGGAAGGUGCUGAUUUGGUUUCAAGUGCUGAAAAAGGUGGGAAUGAGGGGGAAACAGCCUCUGAUGUGGAUGAUAUUGACGAAAUGAUGAAAGAUAUGGAGAUUGAGGGGAAUGAGGAUAUAGUAGAUGUACCGGUGAACCGAUCUGAGAGGUACUACGACCUUUACAUCACUUAUUCGACUUCUUACAGGGUUCCCAAGAUGUACAUUGUCGGUUUCGACAGUAAUGGAACACCGUUGACUGCAGAAGAAAUGUUUGAGGAUAUAGCACCGGAUUAUAGGACCAAGACUGCUACGAUCGAAAAACUGCCCUUCUACAAAACGCCCAUCGUGUCUGUGUCGAUACAUCCUUGCAAGCAUGCAAACGUGAUGAAGAUAUUGCUCGAUAAAGUACGUAUAGUCAAGAGAAGAAGACGGGAAGAACAGCAACAGCAGGAUGGCGAAACAGUGGCCGACGACUGGGAAGAUCUGCAGGCAGACGUGGACGAUUCGUUGCGGGUCGAUCAAUACCUGGUGAUUUUCCUGAAAUUCAUCACUAGCGUCACUCCCAGUAUCGAGCAUGACUACACGAUGGAGGGCUGGUAA